AUGGAGGAAAAACCUGUGAGAGACUGGGGCGCGCUAAUGAAACUCUCUCAUGCAGCAAGGGAAAAUGCCCGAUCGAUGGUAACUACACUGAAUGGUCGGAGUGGUCUGACUGCAGUGUCACAUGUGGAGGAGGAAAGCAGAAACGUUCAAGAACUUGCACCAAUCCACAUCCAAAACACGGCGGAAAGAAUUGCGACGAGCUGGGAACGGCUAACGCGACUCACAACUGAUGGUAAUUAUACAGAAUGGACUACGUGGUCCGACUGUGAUGUAACGUGUGGAGGAGGGGUCCAGUCCCGAUCAAGAAAAUGCACCAACCCAGCUCCACAACACGGUGGAAAGAGCUGCGAGGAUCUGGGACCAGCCAAUCAAACACUCAAAUGUAACACAAGCCCCUGCCCGAUCGAUGGUAACUACACUGAAUGGUCGAAGUGGUCUGACUGCAGUGUCACAUGUGGGGGAGGAAAGCAGAAACGUUCAAGAAACUGCACCAAUCCACCUCCAAAACACGGAGGAAAGAAUUGCGACGAUCUGGGUCCUGAUUCAGAGUCUCUGGAAUGUAACCCAGACCCCUGCCAUUUUGCAGCAAUUGAUGGCAACUAUACAGAAUGGUCUAAGUGGUCCGACUGUGAUGUAACGUGUGGAGGAGGGGUCCAGUCCAGAUCACGAAAAUGCAUCAACCCAGCUCCACAAUAUCGUGGAAAGAGCUGCGAGGAUCUGGGACCAGCCAAUCAAACACUCGAAUGUAACAAAAGCCCCUGCCCCAUCGAUGGUAACUACACUGAAUGGUCGAAGUGGUCUGACUGCAGUGUCACAUGUGGAGGAGGAAAACGGAAACGUUCAAGAACCUGCACCAAUCCACAUCCAAAACACGGCGGAAAGAAUUGCGACGACCUGGGCCCUGCUUCAGAGUCUCUGGAAUGUAACCCAGACCCCUGUCCAAUCGAUGGUAAUUACACGGAGUGGUCUGCAUGGUCCGAAUGCAAUGUAACCUGUGAUGGCGGAUUACAAACUAGGACGAGGCAAUGCACCAACCCUCCUCCACAAUACGGUGGCAAGGACUGUGAAGAGCUGGGACCGACUAAUGCAACCCAAGAGUGUAAUACUCACCCAUGUCCUCCACCUUGCUCAGCUGGUCUUGACAUUGGGAUCGUGCUCGACAAAUCCAGAAGCGUAAAUAUCCGUAACCUAAAGAAAAUAAUCGCUUCCCUUGCUGAACUCGUGGAUAGGUUUGAGCCGGGCCCCGACAAAGAUCAUUUUGGUCUGGUAACAUUCAAUCGCAGAGCCUAUACUGAGUUCACGUUCUCAGAUGAAACCCUUUACCGCAAAGAAACACUCAAGAAAAAAAUCUCAGAGAUCCCGUUAACACUGGCCCUUCAAACGCGGACUGACCUGGCUAUGAAAGAAGCUCGAGACAACUUGUUUUCACCGAGCGGCGGGGACAGACCGGAAAAACCGAACAUCAUGAUUUUCCUGACGGAUGGAAGACCAACAAAUCAACCACGGGAUUUCGCUACGUUUGCUGCCGAGUUUUACAAAGAUAGUAAGGUUGCUGGUUUAUAUACCGUUGCGGUGGGUAUUGGAAACCAGAUCAAAAGGGAAACCUUGAAAGACAUAGCUGGUGAAAAUGGAAGUGUCAUAGCCAUCGAAAGCUUUGAUCAGCUAGCGAACGAACUGAGUGAAAUUAAAGACAAAGUUUGUGACUAGUGCUAUGGGAUUUAUCUAAAGAGGGUGUAGAACUCGAAGUAAAGAAGAUGAGCUGGCCAGUGAUAACAUUAGCACUGAUUUAGAAGGAUCUAUAUCCGGGAUUUUGGAGCAGGAAAUACACAAUAUAAACUGUUUAAAUAUACCACACAAAGUGGUACUUUGACUAGCUGUACUAGAAAAAAUAUGGUCAAGAACAUGGGGUACAAUAAAAAUAAUACAACUCAGGUGAAUUGCACUCGUCGCACAGUAAUCUUCUAUACAUAUUAGAUGUGUUCGAAUCACUUUACCACACUCUGGGUUAACGAACGCUCAUAAAAACGUGCAGAAAAGUUCUAACAUCUUAAAACCUAGCAUACACUAUGUCGUUAGGACAGGGACAAAUAUUGCAAAAAUAUGGCUUCCCUUGUAUUUUAUGAGCUGUGUAAGGCAUUGUGGUAAAAUUUACAGCCGCCAUCUAUUUUUCCAACGGAGGAUUGUGAAGCAGGCCGAGGUUGGAAUAUCAAUUCUUCUACUGAUUCACUAUAAUGCUUGUUCAGAGCUGACUUGAUUAAACAUUCCAAACAUUAAGACUGUAACUCUUUGAUUUUCAUGCCGCUUGGCUUUAUCAGAAUUGUAUAGAAGCAGUGAUAAGAUGUUAAUUUCAGCAGGAGUAAC